GGUUAUAAAUCCCCCAGAGAGUACAUCGCCACUCAGGGCCCUCUGCCUGAGACGAGGAACGACUUCUGGAACAUGGUCCUGCAGCAGAAGAGCCACAUCAUUGUGAUGCUGACGCAGUGUAAUGAGAGACGCAGGGUGAAGUGUGACCACUACUGGCCGUUCACAGACGAGCCGGUGGCCUACGGAGAGAUCAGUGUGGAGAUGCUGUCGGAGUCAGAAUCGCCAGAGUGGACCGUACGGAACUUCAGACUGGGAUAUGCGGAUGAGUCUCAGGACGUCCUCCAUCUCAACUACACGUCCUGGCCGGACCACGGUGUCCCCACGGUCAACGCCAUCGAUAGCAUCCUGCAGUUCGUACACAUCGUCCGCCAGCAGGCCAACCGCACCAAAGAACCCAUUGUGGUUCACUGCAGUGCUGGUGUGGGCCGGACAGGGACCUUCAUAGCUCUGGACCGACUCAUGCAGCACAUCAGAGAACAUGAGUUUACUGACAUCCUGGGGAUGGUGUCAGAGAUGAGGUCCCAUCGACUCUCCAUGGUCCAGACAGAGGAGCAGUAUGUGUUCAUCCACCAGUGUGUCCUGCUGAUGUGGAAGAAGAAGAAGACACAGUCCAUCACCAGUGAUGUCAUCUACGAGAACAUCAGCAAGUCCUAG